AUGGAAAAGCUCAGUAUCGACAUGUGCUGCCGGUUCACUUCGCUUCCUGCAUCCCUCUGCACACUCCCCAAGCUCCGUUCCCUGGGGAUCUCCGGCUGCAAGCUUCUCACUCACCUACCGCAAAGCAUCGGCAAUCUAACCUCAUUGGAGAAUCUAGCGUUAUGCAAGCUCAGAAACUUGAAGCAUUUGCCAGGAACGAUUUCCGAGCUAUCCAAUCUCCGGUCCUUCACCCUGCAGCAUUGCAACAGCAUCUCCAACAUCCCUGCAUCUCUAUUACAGAGAAGCUUCUCAGUCCCUUCCUCGAAAUCUGUUCCUUCCACCUCCUCCACUUCUGCCCCCUCUUCCUCACUAUCCCCUUCCCUUCCCCCUUCCCCCCUUCCUUCACCUCCGUCCCUUCCUCCUUCUCCAUCUGUUCCCCUCUUUCCUCCCUCUCCCUCACCUGCCCCUGCCCCUGCUCCCUCUCCCUUCCCUCCUCGCCUUCUCUUCCCCCGUCCCCCUUGCUGCCUCUCCGCCACUUCCCCUCCCCGUUCUGCACUCUGA